GCAGGACUCGACAGAGUGUACUCAGCCCUCUGUUGCAGUACCGUCUGUGCCUCCGCAGACCACCGUCUCCCCUACUUCCCCGUCGUGACUACCGACGCGUCGAGCCAUUCGCUCAGCCCGUUGCAGCGAGCAGCUUGCUACUCGCAAGGACAUUGUGUCCUCUCUUGUGGACUUGAGCAUGCUCCAGGCUCGUCAAGAGCGACUCACCCUCCAUGUCGCUGCACUGCGUCGCCUUCUCGCCAUCCUCUCUGACCCUGAUCGCACCCUCCCGAUCAUCCCAGUACGACUUGGGACCUCCACGAGGGUGUACUCARCGCUGUGGGAUUCCGGUUCUCAGGGCGACUUCAUUCACCCACGCGUGGUGAARGAAGCCCGCUUACCCACGACAGGGUCUCCGACUCCCAUCUCCGUCACCCUAGGGGAUGACAAGACCCAGCGCUUCUUCGAUCAGACGUUCACCGACCUCCCUUUCUUCCUCACUCUCGAGCCGACUAAUCGUCCCCCGGCGUCUCGUCGCCACCGCUCCUCUGCACAUUUCGAUGUGAUGGAGACGGGGUACGACUUCAUUCUCGGCACUCCGUGGUCUCGUCGGUUCCGCAGCACCGAGGCCAAUUGGGCGACCAACACUCUCGUUCUCAAAACGAAGUGUGGACAGACAUAUCGCGUACCUUUCAUAGGUACCACUGCGACACCACGCCCCGAUUCUUCUCCCCCAGAGCCUUCCGUGCCCACACCAUCUCCUUCUAUCACUGUCACCUCGCCUCGGCAGUUCGCCCACUUCAUCCGACAGGACGACGUCACCUUCUUUAUGGUGAACAUGACGGAUCUCUUACACUAUGAUCCACCCUGUCCCGACGCCGAGCUCAUCCCUCUGGAGCCAGAUACUCCUUCUAUCUCCAUGACUCCCAUCUCUACUUCCGUCCCUCCGCCGCCCGUCGAGUCCACCCCGCCGUCGUGCGUUGACGCUGACGCUGAGGAACUCGCACGAUAUACGGCCGACCUGAAGCCCGCAGUUCGUGACCUUAUUCGAGAGUACCACAACAUUUUCCCAUCGUCGUUCUCGUACGCUUGCAUCCCACCGAUGCGCGACGUCGAGCACUCCAUCCAGCUUGUGCCUGACUAUCGUGUUCACCACCAGGCACCCUACAGACUCUCGAUCCCCGAGGCCACCGGACUCAAGCGUCAGCUUGAGGAGCUCCUGAGACUGGGUUUCAUUAAAAGCAGCAACUCCUCGUGGGGUGCACCCGUCCUUUUUGCUCGCAAAGCGGAUGAAACUCUUCGUCUCUGCAUCGACUAUCGCGGUUUUAACCGCUACACGGUUAAGAACAACUACCCCAUGCCUCGUUCCGAUGAGCUGUUCGACCCCCUGGAAGGCAACCGCUUCUUUACGAAGAUUGAUCUUCAUAGCGGUUACCAUCAGAUCCGCGUCGCUGCAGCCGACCAGCCGAAGACCGCGUUCCGAUCGCGAUUCGGCCACUACGAGUUCACGGAGAUGCCAUUCGGCCUCACCAACGCACCCGCUACCUUUCAGAGGGCGAUGAACGACAUCUUCAGGGACAUCUUGGAGCAGUACGUUCUCGUCUACCUCGACGAUAUCCUGGUCUACAGUCGUACCCUUGAGGAGCAUCUCAGACACCUCCGCGAUGUCCUUGACCGCUUGCGCAGACAUGGCUUCCAUGCCAAGCUGAGCAAGUGCCGCUUUGCCCAACACAAAGUGGAUUUCUUAGGACGAUACGUGUCUGACCAGGGUCUCCACAUGGACGACGCGAAGAUCAUUGUUAUUGCGGAGUGGCCCGUCCCCACAUCCGCCAAGCAGUUUCGUAGCUUCCUAGGUCUGACCAGCUACUAUAGUAAUUUCAUCCAGGGAUACGCUAGGUAUUCCUACGUCCUUACCUCCACCCUCCUCCGGAAGAACCCACCCUGGGCUUGGACACCCCUCCACGAGGACGCCUUCCGCGCCCUCAAGAAGGCGGUGACAUGCACACUGGUUCUUCACCUACCCGAUUUUGAUCGCCUUUUUAUCCUUACCACCGAUGCGUCAGACUUUGCUGUAGGAGCAGUGCUUUCCCAAGUCUUCCCCUCCUCUCCUGAUUCCUCUCAUCCUCGUAUCCCUCGCUUCCCACCACCUACCCCUACCACUGCUUCCCGACUGACGCCUACUCGUCCAGCUACUGACGAGCCUUCUAUUGACUAUUCUCCUACCAUCGUCGAGGACGACAUUGUCGAGUCUCGCUCAGGUGAUUGUCUGAUAGCCUUCUACCCCCGCCAGCUCCUCCCCGCAGAGAUAAACUACACUGCUGAUGAACGUGAGGUUCUCGCAGUAGUUUAUGCCGCUCGGCACUGGCGUCACUACCUGCACGGGGCACCAUUCACGCUACGUGUCCGAGCAGUAGCAGAGUUCCAUGACCAGGCAGCCGCAGGUCAUAUGGGCUUCCACAAGACGUUGGCUCGUGUGAGCUGCCUGUACGUUUGGCCGAAGCGCAAGGACUUUGUGAAGGACAUCUCGAUGGACUUUAUCGGUACCCUUCGUCCUCCGACCCCCCGCGGUCAUGAUGCUAUCUUGGUCGUCGUCGACCGCUUCACGAAGUGUGCACGCUUUGUUCCGUGCCGUUAUGCCAUCAGUGCACGUGAGGUCGCCGACAUCGUGUUUGACCGAGUUGUGCGUGACCACGGCUUACCACUGAGCAUCAUCUCUGACCGUGACCCACGCUUUACCAGCCGAUUCCGGCGACGGCUCCAUGAGGUGUACGACACUCAGCUCCGCUUCUCCUCAUCUUACCAUCAUCAGACUGAUGGUCAGACCGAGAUCACGAACAGGACCCUCGAAGAUAUUCUCCGAAAGAUUGUUCGUGACGACCAGCAGUGGGAUCUCCAUCUUGCCCACGCGGAGAUAGCCUACAACCACGUCAUCUCGCCAACCACGGGGAUGUCGCCAUACUAUUGCGACCUCGGGUAUCACCCUCGUGUUCCCGUGGACUUCCUUCGACCGUCACAGAUGCACCCCGACAUGAGUUGUCCCGCGCUGGAUGAUUGGGCUGCACACAUGACGUCGAUCAUGAAGACCGCACAUGAGCACAUAGCCGCUUCCCAGACCCGCAUGGCAGCACGUGUGGACCGAUCGAUGAUGGAUCAUCAUUCAAAGUCAGUAAUGAUGUGCUUAUCGACGCCCGCCACUUACAACUCGAAGCGGACAGGCUUCGCAAGUUUCGGCGUCGCUUCUUUGGCCCAUGCCGCAUCCUCCAGGCCGUCGGUUCUGAUACGGCUUCUAGCCCUAUCAGCUUUCGUGUGAAGCUGCCCGACUACCUACGCCAGGCUCGUGUGCACGAUGUCUACCACGUCUCGUUACUGCGCCCUUACCUCAUA